CACCAGCCAAGGACAGAAAUCCCUUCCUGUUUUUAGCCCUCGUUAGACUUGUGGUUAGCGCUAGCUGCUGUUAAUGCGAGUUAAAAUCAUGAAUGUUCUCUGUCGUUCAAGGAAACUGGUGUCGUCGGUGUUUAGAAGUAACAUUUUAGUGGACCAAACACAAGUUUUUGGAAGUUGGCUCUCUAAAGCUCGGUGCUCCAGUCUGUGUCAAAAUCUGCCUCAACAUUUUACAGCUAAUUUAGCCUCAUGUCAGCACAGGCAUCACGCAGCGUCCUUCAGAAGUCAUUUUCACACAAGAAGAUGUUUUUCAGACAGAAAUGAAGGCAGAAAUUCAACGAGCACUGGCGUGUUUGAAGAGAAAUCACACGAAAUUGAUGACAAUAGCUUCCUCAGUCAGAGUCCCUUAGAGACUUUUAAUCUCGAUGUGUUGGUGUCUCUGCUGCGUCAGGAAAACGCCGUGGACCUCUGUGUGAUUAAAAUACCAGAACAUAUCAAAUACACCGAAUACUUCAUUGUCGUCAGCGGUGUGUCACCGAGACACCUCCGUGCUAUGGCACUUUACGCCAUCAAAGUGUACAAGUACCUGAAGAAAGAUGGAGAUCCAAAUGUGAAGAUUGAAGGGAAAGAUGCGGAGGAUUGGUUGUGUAUUGACUUUGGUAACAUGGUUGUUCACUUCAUGAUGCCAGAGAUCAGAGAAGUGUACGAACUGGAGAAACUCUGGACUUUGCGCGGCUAUGACGAGCAGCUGAGGAGCAUGCCUGAUGAGACGCUACCAGAAGACUUUAUGUUUGAUGUUGAAACCACAAAGUGACAACACAAGACUGAUCAUCUUAAGCUGUACCCACACUCAAAUGUCCCAUGUUAUACUCCUCCGUAACAAGUUAACGAAAGUCUCACGUGCCCCCAUAAUCUAGAUUUCAAGUUUCAGCUUACUCAAAAGUUGCUGGAAGUGUCAAAGUGCUUCACAGAUUGUUAAUUUUACUGUGACUAUAGCACCCCUGGCUUAUGCCGUGUUUCAGAGUCUGUAGUUUUAAGUCUGACUGAGCCACUGCAACCCACAUUUCUUUUAGGGAGAAGGCUGCAGACACAUUUAUCUCCGGUAUCUCCGGAGUCUUCCCAGCAAACGCCCACGGACUAAAAACAUACUAUAAUAUAAACACACAAGAGUAUAAUCAAAGCUUAAGUGUGCAAGUAUUCAGGUGGACCCCAUUGUCCAGUUGUUACAAUCUGUGGCAAAAAACAAAACAACAUGUGGAGACUAUACUGAAUAGAAUAUAAAGUAAUUUAUUUAACUAAUAAAUGAAUGAAUAUAACAAAACAAAGAAUUAAGAGUCAAUCAAACAUAUUCCACUAAACAAAAGAUAAACCAGACCUAUUCCUCUAAACAAAAGAAGAACCAAACAUGCUUUUUGAAGCAAAAGAAAAACCCCAAACUAACACCAGGUGUGGGAGAUCUGGCUGCCCUGAGCAGCACUUUGCAAUCCCAGCCCAGUGGCCACACCCACUUCCUUCCAGGUGCGAGCAAUUCUGCCUGAUGAUUCUUUCCGCAGCACCAGGGCUUGGAGGAACCUCCUCCAUCCAUCACACUAGUAGUGAAGUGCAUAAGGGCUUUUAAGCUAACUUUCCACACUCUUAUGACGUGUAAACAUGAUAGUCCUUCCUUCCAUAAAAUGUACACAAAGCAAGCAUGGAUGGUGAUGGACAUUAUUUGUAAAAGAUCAGUGUCUUUAAGUGAUUUCUGAGCGUGCUAAAGAAAAUGUAUCAUAUUUUGUUGGUUAAAAAUAAAUUAUUUUAUUAUCAUUUUA